AUGUUUUAUAAUUUAGUAUUGGUAACAACACUUUGCCAAGUCAUUCUUUUGUUGUUAUCACCAAGCUUAAGAAAUUUGAGAGUCUUCCAAUGGUACUAUAUGAGAAUAUAUAGACCUCUUUUUAAAGAUUCUUCAAAAUACAAAUGGAAAUAUUACUUGGUCCCACUUUUGUACCUAUUAUUAUGCCUCUAUAUGAUUGAUCUUUAUUAUUUCAAUGUACUACCAUUAAUUUAUAACUAUUCAAAUAACUUAGAAAAUCUAUUUAUAUUACCUGUGUUAGUAUUUUUAACAUUGUUCACUGGUCUAAAGACUAUGUUAAUUGAACCGCAGAACACACAAUCCCAUAAUUAUCAAUCUAAAUUAAAUGGCAAGUACCCAUUUGAUAAUAUUUUGUUUUAUCCAAAAACAAUUUGUCAUACCUGCAAACUUGAAAAACCUGCUAGAUCAAAACACUGCCGUAUUUGUAAUAAAUGUAUUUUACUCAAUGAUCAUCAUUGCAUAUGGAUGAAUAAUUGUAUUGGAAAGGGAAACUAUUUAUAUUUCUAUGGAUUUCUAUUUGGAAACAUCUCUGUUACUACAUACGCAUUUUUAAGACUAUUAUACGUUUUACUCAGAUCUAAAGCAUUGAUAUCAAACAAGCCGGUUCUUACUCUAUUUAUCUUGUCUGGAACAUUCUCUGUGAUUUGUAUCAGUUUCACCUACAUGCAACUUUCACUUAUCAAAGAUGGUAUGACCACAAACGAAAAAGAUAAAUGGUUCACUAUACAAGAAUUCAUGAGGAAUGGACGAUUAGUUAGAACUGGGGCACCACAAGAGGAUUCCACAUGGUUUAUAUUGGAUCCAGACUUAGAUACACAGUGUCUUGGUUCUUCAGAAACUAAAUAUUAUAGUACUAAUCCAUAUGACCAUACCAUAUAUACCUUAUCAGAUUUUACAAAAGUGGAGUCUCCUAAAGAUAUACCAAAUAUAUACGAUUUUGGAUCAUUUUGGGCAAAUUUGAAAGAUGUGUGUAGUUAA